AUGACAGCGUCUAAAGUCACCGGACAAAAGCGCAAACGCGCAAACUCUAUAGAUGCAGAAGACGGGGAGGUGAAGUUGGAGUUGCGAGCGUCGACAUCUCGUCCGGGUCCCGCAAUUGCUGUCUUUCCAACUGUCAAGCCACCUCGUAGUACUGGAUUUGAGGUCAAUGCGCACAGAGACGACAUGGCUGAGACGUUCCCGGCACAACGGUCGUAUAUCAUCGCUGAGAAUGAAACCAUCGAGUUCACCGGAGAGUCCUCUGGUAAAGAUGGCGAUCAUGGUUGCGAAUAUGCGAUUGCCGCCUAUUUCCGAGGAACGAAGAGGGUCAAACUACAGUCGGCGCCCGUCUAUGCUGUCGCGCGCGACGUCAAGGCCCUUAAGAGUUUCCGCUCCAGUGCUCCCAGUGCCAGCGAACGUAUCGCCGCGCGCAAUGCCCUCGGAGAAGCGUUUGGCACCAAGAAAGCCAAAGCAAAUAUUCGCGCGUACGAACGGAAUAAGGUCGACGUAGGUGCCUUGGAGAACGUCGCGGGGGCACUACAAGAUCGUAUUGAUCUUGGUACAGAGAAUCUGCCAUCUCAAGAGGAGGCGCAAGAGCAGGCAGACGCUUCGCGUCUAAUUCCACCCUACAAUGUCAAUGCGUCCACUCCUGAGGAUGCGUACCCACUGCACGGUAUCAUUCCAGAAUCAGAGUGGAAUGCUCUCGAUGGCAUUGUGUCUAGUAUCAAGGCAGCCGAUGAACACGUAGCGCGCCUGAAAUGUCUACCGUACACACGCAGCUCGUGGAUCGGCAUGCACAUGAAACAAGCAUAUCAUGGCGAUGCUAAGCCUAAGUCUUCUAUGUUGAAGAUGCUGGUAUAUGUGGCGACGCUCUUGACAUUCCGGGGCGUCGCUGGGAAACGUGUACCGGAGCGAGAAAAGCUCCUAGAAAAAAUGGCACCUGUCCCUGAAACGGUCGUUGACGCGCUCUUGUCUCGAUUCACGGAGAAUGCACGAGGCUCGACAUCACGGUCCAUGACAAGCAGCAUGGAAGCUCUGCUCCUUGCGCAUGCGUUCGCCUUAUGCCUCAAGAUCGACCACUUCGCGACAGACACCGCCACAAUAGCGUCUGACCUGAAGGUUGCGACUACCAAGGUCAAUAGCCAAUUCAAGAGCUUAGGCUGUACAGUGAGGGAGCUGCCCGUCGCGGAGAUGAAGCGUCUCGGUCUUCCCUCCAGUGCGGCGUCAAAACGCGCGGUCCUCACCACACCAUUGACAUUCCCCAAACCGAGAACGAAACGUCGCGCUUAA